GUGACAGCUGACAGAGAACAGGAAGUUUAACAAAAUAAAACAGGACAUGGCGUGACAACAGGAAACAACUAGAACAAAAACCCAGAUCAUGACACCCCUUGUACCUAACAUAUGUGUAUGGUGCACAGACUAAAAGAAGAUACUGGGAAGUAUUGACGGCAAGUUCACAAAAGUGUAAGAGGAGGAGUGGGGGCAAAGAGGAGGAGCUAAAAGGAUUAAAAGGCUGAGACUCAGUUUAACAGUAAGAUAUGAACCAGUAGGAUGAGUGGGACCCGGCUCUGGCUACUGGCCUCUCUGGCCUUCGCCUCUCUGACCUCUCUGGCUGAUGGAGCUCCACUGAAGGUGAUGUCUGCUCCCAACUUGUUGAGGGUAGGAACAGCAGAGAACGUCUUUGUGGAGUGUCAGGACUGUAGUGGAGGAGACCAGAGGGUUGAAAUCAUUGUGAUGAACCAUCCAACCAAAACUAAAAUACUGACAAGCAAAGUUGUGACUCUUACUGCAGCAAACAACUUCCAGCAGUUCGGACAAAUAACGCUUCCUGCAUCCGACUUCAGUAAAGAUCCCAACAUGAAGCAGUAUGUUUACCUCCAAGCUCAGUUCCCUGACCGGCUGCUGGAGAAGGUCGUCUUAGUGUCCUUCCAGUCUGGAUACAUCUUCAUUCAGACAGACAAGACCAUCUACACCCCCGACACUAAAGUUUAUUACAGGCUGUUUGCAGUGACGCCACAAAUGGAGACUGUAGAGAUGACAGAACCUGAUGAUUAUGUUGAUGUUAUGAUUGUGACUCCUGAUAACAUCAUUACACCACUUGAAUCAGUGUUGUUGAAGUCAGGGAUUUUCUCUGGAGGAUACCAACUUGGUAAAAUUGCCAGUUCUGGGCGAUGGAAAGUUGUGGCCAAGUUCCAUAAACUCCCUCAGCAAAGUUACUCUGUAGAGUUUGAGGUUAAAGAAUAUGUUCUGCCCAGUUUUGAUGUUGAACUGACACCUGGGAGCUCUUUCUUGUAUGUGGACAGUCCAGAACUCAUCAUCAACAUCAAAGCUACGUAUCUGUUUGGUGAAAAGGUGGAGGGAGCAGCAUAUGUUGUGUUUGGGGUUAUGCAAAACGGUCAGGAAAAAAAAAGCUUUUCCAGUUCACUUCAGAGAGUCAUGAUUAAAAACGGCAAUGGAGCUGUUACACUAAGGAGAGAGCACAUCACACAGACGUUUCCAAACAUCCUCGAGCUGGUUGGGAAUUCCAUAUAUGUCGCUGUGAGUGUGAUCACAGACAAUGGCAGUGAAAUGGUGGAAGCAGAGUUGAGAGGUAUCCAGAUUGUCACAUCACCUUAUACCAUCAACUUCAGAAGAACACCCAAAUACUUUAAACCAGGAAUGCCCUUCGAUGUGGCGGUUGAACUUUUGAAUCCUGAUAAAACUCCAGCACAAGGUGUCCCAGUGAUGGUGGAUCCAGGUAAUGUGAAGGGCGUCACUGCAGACAACGGCAUCGCAAGCCUGACCAUCAAUACAGUAGCAGGGAUUAAGACACUGUCCAUCACUGCAAAGACCAAUGACCCUUCUACUUCUCCUGAAACACAAGCAAAGGCCACCAUGGUAGCUCAAUCAUAUACUACCAACAGCAACAACAACAUUUUCAUAGGUGUGGACACAGCAGAGGUUCAGUUAGGACAAAACCUUAAAGUCAACCUUCUUUUCAACACGCAGUCAACUCAAAACAGUGACAUCACAUACCUGAUCUUGAGCAGAGGUCAACUCAGGCAGUAUGGCCGUUACAAGAGACAAGGCCAAGUAUUAAUAACCCUGAUCGUCCCCAUCACCAAAGACAUGCUGCCGUCUUUCCGCAUCGUAGCCUACUACCAUCCAAGUGAUAAUGAAGUAGUAUCAGACUCUGUUUGGGUGGAUGUCAAGGACACAUGCAUGGGAUCACUAAAGUUGGAAUCAACACCUGCUCCAUCCUAUAAGCCCAACCAGAUGUUUGAGCUGAAGGUCACUGGAGAUCCAGAGGCCAAAGUGGGACUGGUGGCUGUGGACAAACGUGUCUACAGCCUAAACAACCAGCAUCGCUUCACUCAGAAAAAGGUGUGGGAUAUUGUGGAGAAGUAUGACACUGGCUGCACACCAGGUGGAGGGAAGGACAGUAUGGGUGUUUUCUAUGAUGCUGGGCUGUUGUUUGAGUCCAGUGCUGGUAUUGGGACUCCAUACAGACUAGAGAUGAAGUGUCCUUUCCCCAGCAGGAGGAAACGAGACACCACUACAAUGGAUGUCACGACCAUCUCAGAUAAUGAUGAUGGUUAUGUAACCAGCUCUGAAAUAGUGCCUCGUACCUACUUCCCUGAGAGUUGGCUGUGGUCAGAAAUCAACCUACAUUCUUGCCCUCGACAAAGCCCGCACUGUAAAUCUACAACACGCUUCAACACUGUCAAUUUGCCAGACUCAGUGACAAACUGGCAGAUCAUUGGUAUUAGUUUGUCUAGAACUCAGGGAAUCUGUGUUGGGGAUCCACUGGAGGUCACUGUCAGGAGGGAUUUCUUCAUUGAUCUCAGACUGCCCUACGCUGCUGUCCGUGGAGAGCAGCUGGAAGUUAAAGCAAUCCUCCACAACUACACCCCUGAUCUUAUCACUGUUCACGUGGAUCUGACAGAAGAAGUGGAUAUUUGUAGUGCAGCUUCUAAUCGUGAAAGAUAUUUUCAGGAGGUACAAGUUGAGCCCCAGACUACAGCCUCUGUUCCCUUCAUUAUUAUUCCCAUGAGGGUAGGGCAGUUCCGAAUUGGGGUCAAAGCCGCUGUUAAAGACUCAUUUUUCACUGAUGGGAUCACUAAGAUGCUGCAAGUGGUGCCUGAAGGUAUACUGGUUAAAUCUCCUCAGGUUGUAGUUCUUGAUCCAACUACAAAAGGUGCAGGAGGUAAACAAGAAGUCAUUUUCAACAGUGCUAUUCCUAAGAAGGAUUUGGUUCCAAACGCAUCUACCUAUACACAGAUCAUUAUAACAGGCAAAGGAAAUAAAGGAGUAGUGGAGAACUUUAUUAGUGGCCACUCCAUGGGUUCUCUGAUCAUUCAGCCAUACGGUCCGGGAGAGGCGAACAUGAUCCACAUGACUCUACCUGUCAUUGCAACAACGUAUUUGGAUAAAACCAACCAGUGGGAAACUGUGGGCUUUGACAAACGUAAUGAAGCCCUUCAACACAUUACAACUGGCUUCCAGAACAUGUUUGCCUUCCGUAAAUCAGACGGGUCUUUUUCUAUAUUUUCCAGCACACUAAGCAGCACUUGGCUGACAGCCUAUGUUGUCAAGGUGUUCUCUAUGGCAAACAGUCUGGUGUCAGUGCCAACUAACGUGAUCUGUGAGGCUGUCAAGUUUCUGAUCCUCAACACACAGCAGUCGGAUGGACAGUUUAGAGAAGUUUGGAGAAUUUUACAUAAAGAGAUGACUGGUGAUGUGUUUGGCACAGAUUCAGAUGCCUCCAUGACGGCCUUCUGCCUCAUCGCUCUCCAGGAAUCACGGUCACUCUGUGCUGCCUCUGUUACUUCUUUACAAAGCAGCGUAGACAAAGCUGUGACCUACCUUGAGAAGCGUCUGCCCAGCGUCACCAACCCUUAUGCUGCCAGCAUGACGUCAUACGCUUUGGCCAACGAAGGCAAACUGAACCGAGGGAUCCUCUACAAGUUUGCUUCUCCAGAAUCAUCUCACUGGCCUGCAAUCAAGGGAAAUCUUUACACACUGGAGGCCACUGCUUACGCUCUUCUGGCUCUGGUCAGGGCCAAGGCCUUUGAAGAUGCCAGACCUGUUGUGAGAUGGUUUAACCAGCAGCAGAAAGUGAAUGGAGGCUACGGAUCAACUCAGGCCACUAUGAUAGUGUACCAAGCAGUAGCAGAGUACUGGACCAGUGCUAAAGAACCAGACUAUGAACUAAAUGUGGACGUCUUGUUGCCAGACCGAUCGAUUCCUAAUAAAUACACGUUCAGCAGGGAAAGUCACUUUACAAGUGGUACAACAAGAACAAUGACAUUCAAUGACAUAAACAAAGAUGUGAAAGUGACGGCGACUGGCUCAGGAGAAGCAACAUUGACUAUGGUGUCGUAUUAUUAUGCUUUACCUAAAGAGAAGGAGAGUGAUUGUGAGAAGUUUGACAUGUCCGUGACGCUCACCCCAGAGAGACAGGCUGAUGAGAUGAUAUACACGCUGACAAUAGAUGUUUUAUAUAAGGACAAGACGCGUGAUGCAACCAUGUCAAUCCUGGAUAUCGGUUUGUUAACGGGCUUCACAGUUAACACAAAUGACCUGGAUGCAUUGUCUAAAGGUCGCGCUCGCAUUAUUUCAAAGUAUGAGAUGAACAAAGUCCUGUCAGAAAGAGGCUCACUCAUCAUUUAUCUUGACAAGGUGAGACAUCACUACUUGUGUGUUUCUUAUUCACUCUGUUCAUUCAUUCAUACUUCACCUUUGAUUUACAUUUUUAUGCAGGUUUCUCACACACAACCAGAAGAAAUCCGAUUUAGGCUCCAUCAGAAGCUGAAAGUUGGUGUCUUACAACCAGCUGCUGUGUCUGUCUAUGAAUACUACGACCAAAAACGCUGUGUGAAAUUCUACCACCCACAGAGGAAAGCUGGAGCGCUGCUGCGGCUCUGUAGAAAUGAUGAAUGCACGUGUGCUGAAGAAAACUGCAGUAUUCAGAAGAAGGACAAAGUCACUAAUGAUCAGCGCACAACUAAAUUAUGUGAAAGUACACAGAACAGCAAAAUUGAUUUUGCCUACAAAGUGAAACUGGUCAAAUUCACAGAGGAAUUGUCCAAUGACGUGUACAGAAUGGAAGUACAAAGAGUCAUCAAGGAAGGGAGCUCUGAUGUGGAUCCUGUGAAUAAAGAGCGCACGUUCCUCAGUUAUCCACACUGUAGAGUUACAUUAGAUCUGGUAGAAGGCAAAACCUACCUUAUCAUGGGCGCGUCCACUGAUAUUCACAGGGAUGGAGAGUCAUAUCAAUACAUUCUUGGUGAGAGAACCUGGAUCGAAUAUUGGCCCACAUCAGCAGAGUGUCAGACAGAGGCCCACAGAUCUACCUGUGUAGGCAUAGAAGGGAUGGAGAUGGAGUUUACCCUUUUUGGAUGUCAGUAGUAAAUUUCAAAAAAGGACGAAAAAAAAA